AUGGAAGUAACUAGUGUUUUGAUAAGUGUCCUAUAGGCUAUUAUCCAUAAAUAAAAGGAGGCGAUGCUAAUUUUAAAUAGUGCAAAAAAUGUCCUGGUAACUGCUUUUCUUGUGAAAAUUCAUUUAGUUGCACUGAAUGUAAUUAAUUUUAUAAAGAAUAUUUUUGUAAUGGUAUUUUAUUAUGCAUUUGUGAUAGUCUAAAAUGUUAAGGAAAUUCAUUAAAUUUGCCCAAAAAUUAGUGCUGUUUGGUAAGCAAUUGUUCUAAAUGUUAGUAGCAUGUCAGUAUUUGUGAAGAAUGCAAUAAAGAAUAUCCUUAUCUUUACUUAAACUCUUGCUUAUAAAUUUGUCCAGAUGGAACUUUUUCAGAUGAAAAUAAUAAGUGCUAGUAAUGUCAUCCUUUAUGUAAAAGUUGCUCAAGUAAAUCAUCAAAGAGUUGUUUGA